UCAUGCUUUAGUGUUCGACCGGGACGAAUUGUUGCGUCUGGUGAAGCGGAAUGUGGCCAGAUUCUUGUUUGCGUGUGAUUUUGAUAAGCGCCUGCUUGUUUGUGUAAACUCAUUUAAGUAUAAAGUUAAAAAAGCAAUUUAUGGUCCGUAAAUAACCCUACACCGUUGGGUGUGUAACGUGGAACCAAGCGAGUGUAAUAGUACAGUGUGAUGCAAAUUUUAGUUGCGUGGUGUAAUAUUUUUUUUAUUGUUAGAUUAACGAAUGAAUAUUUAUACUGUAACAAAAAUUUAUUACACUCUGUGCAAAAGAAAAAGAAAUUUUAUUCAACUAUUAGGUACAUUCAACCAACUUAAAAAAAAUAUUAUGCUAGAAUAUCUCUGGAGAGAAACAAGCGUUACUCACUGUAAAUCGUAUCACUGUUCGUAAGGAUGCUGCAAGAAGGAUAGGGAAGGACACUAUCGACGAGGACUCUGAGUCUGCAGAAUUUGAUCCUUAUCUCCGAAAGUCCUUUCUUGCUGUCUUCCGAUUACACAGGACCACGUGCUGAAGUGUGUGUAUCUCCCCGCACUUCUUUAAAUGUGAACGCUGUUUGACCCUUGGUCACAUGUAGUGUUGUGUGAAGUGUGUUACUUGGUGGAAGUUCCUCACUGACGUGGAUUGUGAUUGUGCAUGCAAGUUCCUUACGCUAAUCUGUUCACGCAGAAACCCUCAAAGCGUUCCCCCAACUAAGAAGCCAGCAUGGACAAGGACCAGCAAAAACAACCGUUGGUUAUCGAAUACCGGAAAAACUAUGGGACGUCUGCCAGUUCGCAACCGUUCCUGCCGGCGGCUUCCCAGUCGGCCAGCCCAUCGGAGCAACCGGGUCCUCAGCGGUCCAUCAUCUAUUGCGUGCACGGACAGCUGGCCGAUUCCUGCUGUGAGCUGCCAAACGAGCUCAGCAUCAGAAAGAUUGACUCGCAUUGUCACAAGCCACGGCAGGAAGGGAUCGAUAAGAUAGCUCGGAAGAAGCUCAUGCUGGCGAGUGUGCUUUGCGUCAUUUUUAUGAUUGCUGAGAUAAUAGGUGGUAUUUACUCAAACAGUCUCGCCAUCGCGACAGAUGCAGCCCAUCUUAUGGCGGACUUGGCCAGCUUUAUGAUAUCCCUGCUGGCCCUCUGGAUAGCGGCGCGACCCUCGACAAAGCGGCUUUCUUUCGGCUGGUACCGAGCGGAAGUUAUUGGUGCUUUAGUGUCGGUGUUAAUGAUUUGGGUGGUGACAGCCAUCUUGUUUUACCUGGCAGUUCUGCGGACGAUCAACAGAGACUUUGAGCUGGACGGUGAGGUAAUGCUGAUAACAUCCGGUCUAGGAAUAUUGGUGAAUGUGAUCAUGGGCGCUACACUGCAUAACCACGGUCACAGCCAUGCGGGUGGUGGGCAUCACGAGGAGGAAAACAUCAACGUUCGGGCAGCAUUCAUCCAUGUGCUGAGUGAUUUCGUGCAGAGCCUGGGCGUAUUUAUAGCAGCGUUGGUGAUUUAUUUCAAGCCCGACUGGAACAUCAUUGAUCCGAUCUGCACGUUCGUGUUUUCGCUGCUGGUGCUCGCCACGACGAUUGCCAUCAUGCGAGAUGCAAUUGUGGUUCUUAUGGAGGGCACCCCGAAGUAUCUCGAUUACACCGAAGUUAUGCAAACGUUUCUGCAAAUUGAGGGCGUCGUAAGAGUACACAAUCUGCGCAUUUGGGCUCUCAGUAUCAACAAGAUAGCACUCGCUGCUCAUUUAGCUGUCGAGCCAAACACCAGCACCGAGCUGGUACUGAGGGAAGCCACACAAACGGUUCACGCUAAGUACAAAUUUUUCGAAACAACGCUGCAGAUAGAAGAGUUUCAACCAGAUAUGGAAGAUUGCAAUCAGUGUUCGAAUCCAAUUUAGUGAGCGACCCGGAAGCGGGGUGAAGUGAACCUACUUUUCGACACAACGAUGCUGCUGGCGGAAGGAGCAAACGUUAACUGGAUGCGGUAAAAUAAAGCUAUGAAACUGUU